CAUCAUCGCGAGUGCUUGUGCGAGUCGCGCUUCUUUCACCGGGAUCACGCAAAAAUAAAACACAUCGAGCAAAAAUUAAUUUUGCUUCUAGUUCGGCAGUUUAUUUCAUUGGUCAAGCUUCGUUUAUUUGUUCUCCAGUCGGAGCGUUAUCCGUUUCCGAUUCUUUCAGCAUCCGUUGGCGACGAGCAACAAAAGAAAAUGCUGCCGCGCAAUAAAAUCUUUGUCGGCAGCUUGCCGCCCUCAACGAAACCGGAAGAAAUCCGACGCCUGUUCGAAAACUACGGGGUCGUGACGGAGUGCGAUGUGAUGAACCGGUGCGCCUUCGUCCACAUGCAAACCCCGGACAUGAUGGACAACGCUAUCCAAGCGUUGCACAACAGCCAGUUCAAGGGAGUGACCAUCAAUGUGGAACGCGGCCGCACCAAGGAGCGUGCGCCGGGUAGCGGAAGCGAUGGCGGCGAGUCCGGCGGAGGAGGCCGUGGAGGAUUCCGCGGUGGAAGGGGCGGAUUCAACCAGCAAAAUAGAUCGAACUACGAUGAUAACGACCGUUCGGGAGGUCCGAUGAGAAACAAUCGGGGCAACAUGCGCAAUCAACCCUACGGUUCGGGGGGAGGUGGUGCCGGUAGGGGCGGCAGCUUUGACGGACAGAAUCAAGGUGGUGGCGGAGGAGGCGGAGGCGGUUUCCGCGGUGGCUUCAAUAAUCGUGGGGGCGGCCGUGGCGAUUUCAACGACCGUGGUAGCGGUGGAAGGGGAGGAGGUGGUCACAACAAUUCCUCUGGCGGCUCUGGUGGUAGCCGUUUUUCGGGGGGACAACAGAGUGAGGAUCGUCGUGGCUUCGCGCUGCCCAACGAUAGCGGAGACCGAUUCAAUGCAGCCCGUUCCGGGGGACUCGCGAUGAGUUCGUUCAAGGAUCCAUUCAUUCGCAGAAGUAUAGGAGACGCACCGGCGGGACCUUCGGCACCUUAUGUUAACCGAGGAGUUUACAGCCAAGGAAAUACUGCCGCGACUGCUCUGGCAACAACCAAUUAUAAUCAGGCAUUUCCUCCGCUGGGAAGCGAUUCCUCUCGCAAUACGAGCCGCGGUCCGGCGCCACCACAGCAGCCACAACAGCAGCAACGAUGGAUGCAGUAAUCUCGCAAUCGACCGCUCCCACCUCACAAGCACACAACCUUUCGCGAGUCCGCUGUGUGCCUGAACUCUUCAGGAAUGAGUGAGGAAUCUACGCAAAUUCACGAAGAGCAACACCACCAUAAACCUCCUGAAGUAUGCUCGUUGCUGUUUUCCCUUCAGCUCGAUCCCCACCCCUACUGAUGCAUAUUACCUAGCUAUUAUUAUACUUAUAUUUAGUUAUCACAGUUUUCCGUUCUGCCGUCCGGCCGUUCAGCUCCCGUAAUCGAACCAUCAUUCAACAAGAGUUCUCUUCGCUAAUGGUGCAGAAGACGACAUGCAACUAUUACUAGAACAUUUCUGGCUAAAGUAAAUAUUUCGUAGCUUUAAGUUCAAGCGUCAUCGAUGCUUAACAAACAUAGUUUUUUUUUCGUUUUAUUUAAAGAUGACAUAAAAGUAUUUGUAAGAAAUACAGAAACUCGUCGGAGCCCAUCCGCUCUCGAUCAUACUGAAACGAAGGUUGGUUUUAUUAAGGCGAUAUGAUGUAACUUUUUGCAAGUGUGUCAAAUCAACAGAAUACCGUUUACUUAUAAAAAUAAAAGAUCAGAACUAUUUAAAUAUAAUCGAUUUAACUCUCUA